UUGUUGCGAGUGUGUUCCAGCUGAUUGUCUCAGGAGCCAGGAGCCACUGGAGGAGGAUACCAUUGCACUUUUUUUUUCCUAAUCCGUUCUUUCUGUUUGUAAAGAUGUCUUUUUCUCGCAAUCAUUCCCUGGACGGCAGCUUUCCUCCGUCUCCAGCGGAGGACAGGGGUUCAAAACGGCUGUCCUGGGGCAGUCUGCUGCAAAGGCUGACUGAGCUGAAGGGGAUCAAUCACAGGGUCACAGCAGAUCAGUGCAGCAGGAGUGAAACUGGAUCUGUGGCAGACAUGUCCUUGUCAGAAUUGGACAGCAGUUUCUUCUGUUACCCCCUGGAGGAAACCCUGGCUACUGAGGUUGUAGCAACAAUAGCACUAAGUCUCAAGAAAGCCUCACACAUCCUGGGCUGCUCCAAACUGAUCCUACCAGACUGUCUACUGCUCAAUAUCAGCCAAGAGCUGCUGCAUCUGGCUGUCAGCGAACCCUGCGGGCUCAGGGGAGCGCUCAUCGACCUGUGUGUGGACGGGGGGGACCCGGGCUCCCUAUGCACCCUGGACCAAAUAGCAGUGGAUGCCACCCUGGUGUCCACCUUCCACGUAACCCUUGUGCUGAGGCUGGAGUCCAGUGGACUAUGGCCGAAAGUUCAGAAGCUCUUCAAGGGAAGCAAGGCUCUACAGACAUCUGCAAGACACCACAAUUCUCUGAGGCUUAGUUCUAGUUUUAGGGCGAUCAAGAGGAAACUGUAUUGUUCAGGGGAGCUGCUUAUUGAGGAGUGCUGCUGACUAAGCGCUAAUAGCUGAAUUGAAUUCAUGUGUACUGUGAAAGGAAGCUGUUGGGUUAAACAUUGCCUUUCUUAAAGGCAAUAUUCUAUGGCACUAACAAGAAUUGUACUAAGUUAGCAUCAAACUGUCUUUGUUGGAGAAGUAUGUGUGUAUCAAACUUUCCCAGGAUCCAACUUGUGUCUCAUGGCAGCUACUCACCUGAUUGCAGGUGACUCAACAGUGAAGACUCGUGUUGGAACAUGGAUCAACUUCUUUCCUAUGAUUGUAAAGUUGCAGCCUUGAGGGAAUGACUUAUUUAUUUGAUAGUCAAAUAUUACCUGAAAUGUGUAUUUCUUUUUAUAACAACUUAAGAACAUAACAAAAUAAAUUAUUUUCUAUUAUA